AUUGGUGGUAUGAAAUUGAUUUAAUUAUAAUUGAGUGCAUAAACGUGUUGCAGGUGCGCAAAAUAAGGACAACAGCAACAAUAUCGAGCAGUCGCAGCUAUUCAUCAGGUCACAAAUCUCGAAGGACACCUGAGACGGGCACAGCAACAACAACAACAACAACUGCAACAAUUGUGAACGUUGCGCAGCAGGGAAAACUGGGCCUGGCAGAACAAGAAGCAGCAUCAGCAGCAGCAGUGGAUUGGGAGAUGGAGCGUCGUUAUUUGAAGAAUCCGUUUGCGGACUUCUCGGGCGGCGAGAGCACACCGUUUGCCACCGACGAGGAACACAUCAAGACGUUGAUAUGCACCUAUGUGGAUGCCAUAUUGGAGCAUUGUCAUCCCAAUAACGAUGAGGAGGACAAUCGCGGCGAUCUGUAUUUGGGCAAUGCGGGCAUCGCCUACAUGUUCUGGAAGUUACACAUCUGCGAACAGACACGCGAUCUCUAUCCGGGCUUGGAGCAUGCCGCUGCCUUUAUACGCAACGCCAAGGUGAAUGCCAAACGCUACAAGAAGCGGUCGGCGGAACGUUAUUCGUUUCUGUGCGGCAACGCUGGCAUCUACGCCGUGUCGGCGGCCAUCUCACAGGAGGCCAAGGACAUUGAGGAGCUGUCGAAUGACUUGGCCAACUUCAAGUCGGGCAUACCCUCCAGCAAGGAGUUCAUGCACACCAAAUACGGCUGCGAUGAGGUUCUCGUCGGCCGUGCCGGCUACCUGGCCGGCUGCUAUUGGCUGAACGAUGUGCUGCCCGAGAAGAAGAUCACCGACGACGACCUGACCUCCAUUUGCCAACUGAUCAUCACGAGCGGACGCGAAUACAGCAAACUGAACAACUCACCGCUGCCGCUGAUGUAUCAAUACCAUGGCACUGAGUAUUUGGGUGCUGCCCAUGGCCUGUGCGCCAUAUUGCACAUGCUCCUAGACAGUCCCUGGUUCCGCACCGUACCCAUUUCGGCGCCGGCCGCUGAGCUGCGCGACAUCAAGCGCUCCAUUGACUUCUUUCUGGAGCUGCAGGACGGCGAGGGUAAUUUUCCGGUUGCGCUGGAGGAUCUGCGAUCGGGACGCGAUAAGCGUUUGGUGCACUGGUGCCAUGGCGCACCCGGCGCCGUUUAUGUGCUGGCCAAGGCCUAUUUGAUAUUCAAGGAGGACAAGUAUCUGAUCGCGCUGCGUCGCGCCUCUGAUCUUGUCUGGAAGCAGGGCUUCCUGCGCAAGGGGCCGGGCAUCUGUCAUGGCGUUGCCGGCAAUGCGUAUGUCUUCCUGCUGCUCUUCCGCCUGACCAACGAAAUGAAGUACCUGUAUCGGGCGCACAAAUUCAUGGAGUUGCUGACCAACUCGGAGUUCAAGCAGCGCGCUCGCGUUCCCGAUCGUCCGCAUAGCCUGUAUGAGGGUGUCGCUGGCACCGUUUGCUUUCUGGUCGAUCUUCUCGAGCCGGAGCAGGCACAUUUUCCCUUCAUGGAUGUCUUUCACUAGACACCCAUUGCGAGGCGCCAAUCACCGAAUGCAGAAUGCUCUUAUCAUUCCCAUAUCAAAAUUCUCUGUGCUUUAAGCUAAGCAAU